UUUCACAACCUCUUAAGUUGUGUGUAUAAAUGCGAUGAUCAAUCAUGUCUUCAUAUCUUUCUUCGCAGUUCAAAUAUCUUUCACAUAUUCACUUGUUAUCUACUUUUAUCUACUCAGUCCAAUGGCUUGUGCACUAGCUGGAGCGUAACUGUGACAUUUAAUUUUGUCAGGUAUAACGAGGUCUGUGAUCCAGGCUACGAUUUCAACAACGGCGGUUUUAGUUCAAGAACAGGUCAUUUUACCCAAGUGGUGUGGAAAGAAAGUACGGAUCUUGGUAUGGGACGAGCGGAAGCGCAACAAAAUGGCAUGAAGUGUGCAUAUAUCGUCGGAAGAUAUAAACCAGCAGGGAACAUGGGGGGAAAGUUUCAAGAAAAUGUGAUAAAGGGUAGCUUUGAUGCUGGCAGUUACUGCGCGGCUGUCAGCAAGAGAGGAAGAAAGUUCUUUGACGAUCAAGGUCGACCCGUGAUCGUCAACUCACCAAUGUCAGCAGUAGAUGUCCCGAGUGAGAAAACUGAGCCUGCUGUGUUCUCAGGUCAGCAAGUUGAGCUUUUAAACGGCAAGAAGAAAUCUAUCCUCAGUAACCAAAAAGAUAAACAAUGAUGUUCUGUCGAAACUAUUAAAUCUGCCAAUAAAUGCAGUCUACCUGAAAUGAAAUAAAAAC